CUGCGUGCACGCGCACGUGCAGGAGGAGGAAGAAGGAGAACACCUCGUGCUAUUUAGCUGCUGGCUAAUUACUAAACACGAUGCAGCCUUGCAGCUUUCCUAUUGGCCGGUACACAGGAAGUGAUCUCUGACUGAGGAGUAAAAGUCACACAUGUCUAAACGAGCUGCAGGGGGGCGGGGGAGGGGGGAGAGGCCGGACACCAUGGCAACGGUUCAAGCUGUCAAUGACGAGCUGAGAGCCAAACUCAUCAACAUCCAGGUGGAACUUCAGCAGGAGAAGAACAAGGUAAGCCGUCUGGAAAGAGACAAGAGCCAGGAACUAAGGACCGAGCAUCACCGGGCCACCGUAGCAAUGACGGAGCUGAAGACUAAAUUGCAUGAGGAGAAGCAAAAAGAAUUAACUGUUACCAGGGAGACGUUACUACGGCAACACGAGAUGGAGCUGAUGAGAGUUAUCAAAAUCAAGGAUGGAGAAAUUCAUCGGCUGAAUGGUUUAGUCCUGACGCUCAGGGACGGCUCUGUGGAUAAGGUAAGGAGUGCCCUGCUGAUGGAGGUGGAGGAGACAAGAAGGAGUUGGGAGGCAGAACGUUGUCGCCUCCAGCAGGAAGUUCAGGAGCAACGCGGAGCAAAGAGGAGCGCAGAGGAAGCACUGGGAUUAGCUCACCAAGCUUGUCAGGCCCGAGUAGCCGAGCUCCGAUCGGUGCAUCACCAACACCAGGAGGAGUUGAACAGAACCAAGAGGGACUGUGAGAGGGAGAUCCGCCGACUGAUGGACGAGAUCAAAGUGAAAGACAGAGCUGUUAGUGUUUUGGACAAAGCCUUGGGGCUACAGGCUGGCCACGCCCACCGCCUUCAGCUGCAGACUCAGGCUGCUGAGCAGCAAAUGGCAGCCCUUAGAGAUGCACAAAGGGCGGGACUAAAGGACCCUGGACUUGUCCCUAACCCCGCCUCUAACAAUCCUCUCCAUACUUCUCAGGAGGACCGUGACACUCGGAGAUUUCAGUUGAAAAUUGCUGAACUCAGCGCUGUCAUCAGGAAGCUGGAAGAUCGAAAUGCUUUGUUGUCUGAAGAACGCAACGAACUGCUGAAACGCCUGAGAGAAACAGAAAGUCAGUUUCUUCCUCUUCUGGACAAAAGCAAACGUCUGAGCAGAAAGAAUGAGGAGCUGUCACUCAUGUUGCGUCGCCUUGACAACAAACUGCGCUUUGUCACCCAGGAGAACAUUGAGAUGAGGAGACCGAGUUCGCUGAACGACCUGGACCGCAGCAACCCUGCCGGUUACCAUGGUUACAGCCAGGAGGACCAAGAAAUGGAGUUCCUACGACUUCAGGUUCUGGAGCAACAACACAUCAUAGACGACUUGUCCAAGGCUGUGGAAACAGGAAGUAACGUGAAGAACGUCAUUGAAAGGGAUCUAUUAUUACGAUACAGACGUCAAGAAUGUCCCAGAAGAAGAAGAACUUUGAGAGCCUGUCGGGUCAUAGAAACCUUUUAUGGUUACGAUGAAGACGUGUCAGUGGAUUCAGACGGCUCAUCUUUAUCUUUUCACACAGACAACACUCCUGACACGGAACCUGAAGAGGUGUGUGAGGAGGCGGAGCUUCGCUACCGUCAGCUGACACAAGAAUAUCAAGCACUGCAGCGUGCGUAUGCUUUACUGGCUGAGACCAGUGGAGGAAACUACGACGCUGAGAAGGAGAUCAAGACCAGAGAACAGCUGCUUGAGGAAGUCCGUCAAUAUCAGAGCAGAGUUGCAGAUCUGCAGUCAGCUCUCCAACAGCAAGGACUGGAGGUCAAGUGGGUGGAGGAGAAGCAGUUGUUGUACCAGAGGAACCAGCAGUUGGUGGACAAGAUCAAGCAGAUGGAGGCACAAGAAGUCAAUCUGAAAAACCACAUCCAAGAUGUCCGAGACCAAAACGAACUACUGGAGUUCCGAAUCUUAGAGCUGGAGGAGAGGGAGUGGCGCUCACCUGCCAUCAACUUCCAACAAGUCCACUUCCCAGAAUGCCUCAGUCCUUUGCAGAUCUACUGUGAGGCAGAGGGAGUUACUGACAUUGUGAUCAGUGAUCUCAUGAAGAAGUUGGACAUUCUAGGAGAUAACGCCGUAAGUAACUUGUCCAAUGAGGAGCAGGUGGUCGUGAUUCACGCCAGGACUGUUCUUACUCUGGCAGAGAAGUGGUUGGAGUCCAUUGAAGUAACAAAGUCUGCACUGCGGCAGAAGAUGUUGGACAUUGAAAGUGAGAAGGAUUUGUUCAGCAAGCAGAAGGGCUACCUGGAUGAAGAGCUGGACUUUAGGAAGCGCUCCAUGGAUGAAGGUCACAAGAGGAUCCUGGAGCUGGAGGCCAUGCUGUACGAGGUGCUUGAACAGCAGGAGCACCUGGGGAUGGACAAGGUGAAGAAUGCUUGUGUGACGGAGGAGCAGAGAGAAGCUCUCCAGAGGGCCAAGGACCAAUGGAAACGUGCUGUGAUGUGCGAGCUGAGGGAGCGAGAUGCUCAGAUCCUCAAAGACCGAAUGGAUCUGCUGCAAGUCACACAACAGAGGAACAAAGACUUGGAGGAAGUCGUGGAAGCUCAGAAACGACAGAUGCAAGAGUUGGAGGAGAAGUUUCUCUUUCUCUUUUUAUUCUUCUCUCUGGCCUUCAUCCUCUGGUCCUAACAUCCGCUGCCUCGCUCGUCCCGCAGCUGAACGUCGGGCCAAUCAGAAGCCGGCUGACCUGCCAGCUCCCAGAAGGCCGAGAGCAGGUGAUGAUGUGAGGGGACUGCUGUCAUGUCACAAGUACUUGGAAAGGUGCAAAUAAAGUGACUCAAAGGACGUUGUGAAUGUCUGCCAUCUUGGAAAGGGCGUUGUGAAUGUCUGCCAUCUUGGAAAGGGCGUUGUGAAUGUCUGCCAUCUUGGAAAGGUGCUGAGGUGUUGGAACCUUCGAGUGUGUUCCAGAGUUUCAUUUGCACUUUGCUGCUGCUGGGAAGAUUAUUCCUGAGUUGUCUGCUCGUGUAGCAGAGAUCUUCAACCAUUUCCUCAAAAACAAAGAACUUGUUCUAAUAUUUGGACCCUUUGAUUGCCCCUCAGUAGGACGACAUACUCUUAACCUAUUUACCUGGCCAGCCAUGUCCUACUUUGGUGGAAACGCUUUUAUUGACCCUCCCCCAACACUAACUCUCUAGUGCAAUUACUUUGUCACUUUUAUUGACCCUCCCCCAACACUAACUCUCUAGUGCAAUUACUUUGUCACUUUUAUUGACCCUCCCCCAACACUAACUCUCUAGUGCAAUUACUUUGUCACUUUUAUUGACCCUCCCCCAACACUAACUCUCUAGGACAAUGACUUUGUCACUUUUAUUGACCCUCCCCCAACACUAACUCUCUAGUGCAAUUACUUUGUCACUUUUAUUGACCCUCCCCCAACACUAACUCUCUAGGACAAUGACUUUGUCACUUUUAUUGACCCUCCCCCAACACUAACUCUCUAGUGCAAUUACUUUGUCACUUUUAUUGACCCUCCCCCAACACUAACUCUCUAGUGCAAUUACUUUGUCACUUUUAUAGACCUUCCCCCAACACUAACUCUCUAGUGCAAUUACUUUGUCACUUUUAUUGACCCUCCCCCAACACUAACUCUCUAGUGCAAUGACUUUGUCACUUUUAUUGACCCUCCCCCAACACUAACUCUCUAGGACAAUGACUUUGUCACUUUUAUAGACCUUCCCCCAACACUAACUCUCUAGUGCAAUUACUUUGUCACUUUUAUUGACCCUCCCCCAACACUAACUCUCUAGUGCAAUGACUUUGUCACUUUUAUUGACCCUCCCCCAACACUAACUCUCUAGGACAAUGACUUUGUCACUUUUAUUGACCCUCCCCCAACACUAACUCUCUAGGACAAUGACUUUGUCACUUUUAUUGACCCUCCCCCAACACUAACUCUCUAGGACAAUGACUUUGUCACUUUUAUAGACCUUCCCCCAACACUAACUCUCUAGGACAAUGACUUUGUCACUUCUAUUGACCCUCCCCCAACACUAACUCUCUAGUGCAAUGACUUUGUCACUUUUAUUGACCCUCCCCCAACACUAACUCUCUAGUGCAAUUACUUUGUCACUUUUAUUGACCCUCCCCCAACACUAACUCUCUAGGACAAUGACUUUGUCACUUUUAUAGACCUUCCCCCAACACUAACUCUCUAGUGCAAUUACUUUGUCACUUUUAUUGACCCUCCCCCAACACUAACUCUCUAGUGCAAUUACUUUGUCACUUUUAUUGACCCUCCCCCAACACUAACUCUCUAGGACAAUGACUUUGUCACUUUUAUAGACCUUCCCCCAACACUAACUCUCUAGUGCAAUUACUUUGUCACUUUUAUUGACCCUCCCCCAACACUAACUCUCUAGUGCAAUGACUUUGUCACUUUUAUUGACCCUCCCCCAACACUAACUCUCUAGGACAAUGACUUUGUCACUUUUAUUGACCCUCCCCCAACACUAACUCUCUAGGACAAUGACUUUGUCACUUUUAUUGACCCUCCCCCAACACUAACUCUCUAGGACAAUGACUUUGUCACUUCUAUUGACCCUCCCCCAACACUAACUCUCUAGUGCAAUGACUUUGUCACUUUUAUUGACCCUCCCCCAACACUAACUCUCUAGUGCAAUUACUUUGUCACUUUUAUAGACCUUCCCCCAACACUAACUUUCUAGUACAAUGACUUUGUCACUUUUAUAGACCUUCCCCCAACACUAACUUUCUAGUACAAUGACUUUGUCACUCUUCCGUGAUUAUUGGUGAUGAGUAAAUUGUCAAAGAAAGCCAUGAGCUGGGGGUCCAUGGACGUGAUAAGCGCGGACCCUUUGUGUUGAUUGGUGCUCCAAUGUCACAUGAUAUCAAUCAUUGAAAAGGUCAUUUGAUGAAGAUUGCUGGUUUGUUCCACAUGUUUUCUUUCUACUAAUUAUUUGGACUCAGGUUAUUGGGUCAAAUGCCAGGAUGUGUACAUUACAGUUAUCAUGUAUUAUUUGUCUUACUUCAGAUGGAAACGUGACAUUCUUUCAGGAGCACUUUAAAUGCCAAAAAGUAUACAUAAAAGAAGUAUUAAACAUAUCACAUGAUGAUAAUAAUAAACACAAACUUGAUAUUUUUUAGAA